AGAGGAGACCUCGGAACGUUGCUCGGACUCAACCACCCCUCGUAUUUGGCUUCAACAACGACAUGGCGAACACCAGAGCGAUGGGGUUUCGCCGCCUGAGGCUCAGAUCAAAGGGAUUCGCCUCCCCUCCUCGCCCAUGGCCCACCCGAGCAUUUCAAACAAGUGCCGCGAAGCGGACGGACGGCGUCUUUCGAGAGCUCACGGCGAUGCGAGUGCAGACGCCAUGGAUCGAGGCACUGAGAAAGAAGCAGGCCGAGGAUGCCGACCCAAGCUCCGCGUCGAAGAAGCAGGAAGUCUCAGCGGAUCGCAAAUUGACACCAAAGCGGAUGAGCGACAGUUAUCACUCGCUUGUCCUUCCUUUGGCGCAAGAUCCGUGGCUGCUCGAUAGCUAUCUGAACGCUUCCGGGCACAUACGGCUGGGGACGCUGUUCAUGGACCUUGAUGCUCUCUCUGGUAUCAUUGCAUACAAACACACAGGGCCGGACGUCACUACUGUUACCGCCUCGUGCGACCGCAUCAUCCUGAAAAACCCAUUGACCGAAAUCUGCGACUUGCAACUCUCCGGACAGGUAACAUAUGCUAGCGGCAGGAGCAGUAUGGAAGUCACAAUGCAGGUUGCGAAAGCGCCAAAGGAGGGCGAAUCCGUGAAGGAAGAAGACGUCCUGAUCAAAUGCGCCUUCACCAUGGUCUCGCUGGACCCAGUCACGAAGAAGCCCGUCAACGUCAACCCGCUCCAGGUCGAGACCCCCGAGGAAAAGCGGCUCUACGCGCUCGGCGAGCAGAACUCCGAAAUCCGCAAAGCGCACAAGCAAACCUCUCUCAUCAAAACCACUCCCAAUGAUCUCGAAAGCGACCUCAUCCAUGCCUUUUGGCAGAGGCAACUCCAAUACCACGACCCUUAUGACGAACUGCGCAAACCAGACAACACACACUUCAUGGACACGACUCGGUUACAGACGGCUACCAUCAUGCAGCCGCAGUUCCGCAACCGCCAUCACUUUAUGAUAUUCGGUGGCUUCCUACUGAAGCAGACGUUCGAACUGGCCUUCACGUGCGCAGCAGCCUUUGCCCGCGCACGCCCAACCUUCGUCUCCCUCGACCCGUCCACUUUCCAAAACCCCGUCCCUGUCGGCAGCAUCCUGUAUCUCACCGCCACGGUCGUCUACACGGACCCGCCGCUCAUAGGCGCGCCUGGCGAGACGUUUGACCAAGACAGCAAAUACACGCGCGUGCAGGUGCGCGUCGAUUCCAAAGUGCGGGACGUGGAGCACGGACGGUCCAAGCCGACGGGCCAGUUCAACUACACGUUCACGGUGGAGAAGAACAUUCGCGUCAUGCCGAGGACGUAUCAGGAGUACAUGAUGUAUCUGGAUGCGAGGAGGAGGGCGGAGCUGGUCAAGGAGAGUGUCAAGAGGGAGGGCAGUGGGUGGAAUCCAAAGGCUGCGGAGGAUAGUUUGACGGAGUAGUAGGUGGGUCACCGUUGUGCAGGAUAGGUGUUGGUAUAUGACUUGGAUGAUAUAAGGGGGGUUUGUAUUCCAUCUAUGUAGAUCAGGACCAGGCGCAAGCCAAUAGAGAGUAAUGAUAGAAGAGAUUGAUUCAGCC